UCCUCUGUUUACAGGCAUCCGGAGAAACAUGGAGGACACCGCUGGCAGUAAUCCCCAAUCUCUCGGAUUUACAGAGAAAUUAAAGUCUUGGCUCUCCUGGUCAUGGACUUACGUGUGCUUCAUUUGGUUCGGCCAAUGGUGCCGAUCACUCGACUACGCCACGUCCUGUGCGGAGCCGCUGAAACUGCAGCAAACUCUUCUUUCAGCCUCAGUGUUUUUGAAUACACUGACCCCUAAAUUCUAUGUGGCUCUCACUGGAACCUCCUCUCUCAUCUCUGGACUCAUCCUUAUAUUUGAGUGGUGGUAUUUUCGUAAAUAUGGGACCUCGUUCAUUGAACAAGUGUCAGUGAGCCACCUGCGUCCUCUUCUGGGUGGAGUGGAGAGCAGCUCCACGACUGGUCUUUUCACAUCAGUCAAUGGAGAGGCAGAGCCAAGGCCCAGUGUUUCAGAGUGUAAGGUCUGGAGGAACCCUUUGAAUCUGUUCAGAGGAGCAGAAUACAACAGGUACACCUGGGUAACAGGGAAGGAACCUUUAACAUACUAUGAUAUGAACCUGUCUGCUCAAGACCAUCAGACCUUCUUCACAGGAGACACUCCGCAGCUAAGGCCAGAAGAUGCUGUGAUGCAGAAAGCCUGGAGAGAGAGAAAUCCUCAAGCCAGGAUCAGAGCAGCUUACCAGGCCAUAGAAAUGAACCAUGAAUGUGCAGCAGCCUAUGUACUCCUAGCAGAGGAAGAAGCCACAACUAUCACAGAAGCUGAACGCCUCUUUAAAAAAGCACUUAGUAUCGCUGGAAAAGAUAUCAACUUACUGGUGUACAUUAAACGCAGACUGGCAAUGUGUGCACGCAAGCUGGGGCGGAUUAAAGAAGCAGUAAAAAUGAUGAGAGAUUUAAUGAAGGAGUUCCCCCUGUUGGGAAUGUUGAAUAUACACGAAAACCUCUUGGAGGCACUUCUAGAGCUUCAGGCAUAUGCUGAUGUUCAAGCAGUCCUUGCCAAAUAUGAUGACAUCAGCUUGCCAAAAUCAGCCACUAUAUGCUACACAUCUGCGCUGUUGAAAGCACGGGCUGUAUCAGAUAAGUUCUCUCCAGAAGCCGCGUCAAGGCGAGGGCUGAGCACAGCAGAGAUGAAUGCUGUGGAGGCCAUACACAGAGCUGUUGAGUUCAAUCCACAUGUGCCAAAGUACUUAUUGGAGAUGAAGAGCCUGAUCCUACCUCCAGAGCACAUCUUGAAGAGGGGUGACAGCGAGGCAGUUGCAUAUGCUUUCUUCCACCUGCAGCACUGGAAGAGGGCAGAGGGAGCCUUAAACCUACUACAUUGCACCUGGGAGGGCACCUUCCGGAUAAUUCCAUACCCUCUGGAAAAGGGUCACCUGUUUUACCCCUACCCAGGAUGCACAGAAACAGCAGAUAGGGAACUACUGCCCUCAUUCCACGAGGUGUCUGUGUACCCAAAGAAAGAGCUUCCCUUCUUCAUCCUCUUCACAGCAGGCCUUUGCUCCUUCACUGCCAUGCUGGCCAUGCUCACACAUCAGUUCCCUGAGCUCAUGGGUGUCUUUGCCAAAGCAUUCUUCAGCACACUCUUUGCACCCCUGGGUUUCUUCGCAGACAAGAUGGAAAGCUUCAUGCCGUCCAGUUUUUGGCACCAGCUGACUCGAAUCUGACCCCAUCACACACACACACGCACACACACAUACACACCGAUACCACUCCAAACCCUCAGACAAAAAGUGUUUGCUCUCCUGUCUUCAGCAUUACUGUCCACUUGCUGCAUUGUUACUGAUUAUGUUGGCGGGGGUUGUAUCAACACAGCAGUACCACACUUAAGAUGCUCUCCCACACUGUUCCAGCAGCCAGAGUUUUUCCAAGACCACAUUUAGUGAAUACCAUUUGCAAUAGUUUCACAGGGUAAUUUAUUUGUCCUUAUGCUAGCACUUGGCAAUUUGAGGUUUUUAAGUGGAUUUUCUUGAACAAAAAAUCUAAUUAGGAAUUUGUCAAAGGUACUCCUCUGUUCCAUCACAAGAAUACAUUAAAGGACCAGUGUGUAGGAUUUAGUGACAUCUAGCAGUGACUGCAAACAUUCCAAUACAGCUCAGCCUUCCAACUGUGUAGGAGAAACUACAGUGGCUGAGAAAAAUGCAAAAGGCCUUAUCUAGAGCCAACGUUUGGUUUUUCCCUUCUGGGCUACUGUAGAACCAUGGCAGUUCAACGUGAUGGCCUGCGUGGAAGAGGAUCCACUUCCUCUGUAGAUAAAAACCGCUAAUUCAGAGGUAACAAUAACACAACAAUUAUUAUUAUUACUUAUUUUCAGGUGUUUAUACAUUAAUAGGUGAUCAUACCUAUGAAUAUUAUAUUCAAUUUCUGCCAAUAGAUCCUGCUUAAUGUUACACACUGGGCCUUUAAGUCACGAAAAAAAAACUAAAACUGCAUGUUUUUAAUGUUCCUGUCACUACUGUCUAGUUUGUUUGAGUCGGUGUGUUUUUGAUAAGAAACUGAAAGAACUUGUACAUGAUAAAUGUCUGUUGUAGAAUAUAUUGACCAAUAUGAUUCCUAUUCCUCCUCUUUCCCUUGCCAAUUAUUUAUGUGUAUCAAAAAGAUCCCGUCAGGUAUUUGCGAUGGGAAACCUAUAUCAAACCUCAGUACCCUGCAGACAUCCAGUGGGGCAGAUUUUAAAGUCUGGAAGGCCUCCUAAAAACAGAGCUGUGAUUUACAGCCUCGAAGUGCCUGCAGUGUAUACAACGCCUCUGCAGUUCAACAGUUGUUACCAUGGCAUGACACCUCAGCACUAUAUCACUGGGGCAACCACCAACCCCGCAACAUCGAAAUGUAAAUGGGAUCAUUACUGGUCGCAGUUAGGCCUCCCAUGGCAUAACUCAUAUGUGCUGAUUGCACUACAGAAUGUUAUAAUUCAGUGUAUAAGUCAGCUUCUCUAGUCAGCAAACAAAAACUAAAGAGGCACACAUUGUAGUAGUAGUAUUGAGAGUGAACUGGCACAGACAAUGUAACUACAGUUAUAAUACACUGGAUUACAGUAGUUCUGAAUACACAGUAUUAAAGUUCUUUGAUGAGUGAUCCUGAUGAGCCCUCAGAGAAGCGUUUGGAGAUGGGGGUAAAAUUAACAGACAUGCAGAGAUGCAAAAGUAAGAGAAUUGUUUUACUUUGUAUGUACACAAUCUCUUGCUCUGCCUUUGAUUGUCUGCUAAUUUUGCCAGAAAUGGUACAUGGACCUUCUUUGUUUUCCCUCUGAAAGGUUUACACACUCAGCAUUACCUUGCUGUGAAGUAUAAUGUAAAAACCGGUUGAUAAUGUAAUAAAGCCUGUAAAUGUAUUAUAUAUUUCCAUUAUUAAUGAAAAAUGGAAUGAAGUGUUAAACAUCUUAGUCCUGGGCGAUGAUAAUAUAAUGCCACAUCAUCCUGAGUUUUUAUUACAUUAACAGGUUUAUUACAUUUUAAAACCACUUAAGGCAGACAUGUUUACUAUACUUUGUCAAGUUUUUGUUACUUGAUAGUUAUUACAUUAUUGUUGGAUACAACAAUGUAGAGUUCUUGCCCCAGGAUGUACUUUAAGUGACAUUAUACUGACAACUCUUCACUCCACACGUAUAAAAAGUGAUAUUAAAGUGCCUUUCACAUCACAAUAGUUAAACACACCAAUUCGGCAUUAGCUGUGCCUACAAUAUUGAUGUCAAGUAUAGUGGUAACUCUGUUCAAUUUUGAUGGAUUACAUUUGAUAAAUGGAUGCCAUCUAACAUUGUAAUUUGUAACAGGACUGUUGAUUUCCCAGUGAUUAGCAUUACGACAUAAAGCAGGCAAGUAACAGUGGCAAACGCAAAAAGUAGAAAAUGGCAAGUUGGCUCUGAUGCAUUGGCACAUAAAUGUGUGUGUUAUUACAAUAUGUUGCAAGUUUGGAAUAUAUUUUCAAUAACCCUGAUCUACUCUAAACUACACAGAUUCUGUUUCGCAUUUCACUCUGGCCUGUAACAUUUGUCUGUUUAAAUUUGACACUUGAAAUGUCUUAAUUUUAUAGUGUGCAGCUGAAAUGUAAGAGUAUGCUGAAGACAGGAGAAUGUUUUGAACAGUAAAUACCCUUGAAUGAGUUUGAAAGCAAAACUCACAAUAAAUUACUCUUUCA